CCCCCGAAGUUCCGAUCUUCCCCAAAAAAAUUCAGCAGGGCUGCCUGGACUGAGCUAAUUCCCGUGUUCAGUAAGAGGAAGCAGAAAGGAGGAGCCGGGGGGAGGGCGGUCCUUCAGUACCGGAAGGAGCCGCGGUUGCCUAGGGGACGCCUACGAUACCGCUAGGUCCUCCACUAUCUCCUCUGAGACUAUAGGAGUUUUGGUUUUCCCGACCCUAUAGAUCUGGGUAGAUGAAUAGCUCCGGUCCACGGGAAAGGCCUCUUAGGUGGAAUCGGACGGGAUCCGAGAGCUGAGGAAAGGGUUCCUUUGUGCCCCGACCAGAGACGCAGAAGAUUCCCGCCCAGCGGGAAUUCCCUGUGGUGAAUCGAGGCUGGUUUGUGAAAAUUUGAAUCAUCAUAAUGGGAUUGCUGGACAAGCUGUCAGGCUUACUUGGCCUGAAGAAGAAGGAAGUUCAUGUUCUGUGCCUUGGGCUAGAUAACAGUGGCAAAACAACCAUCAUAAACAAACUCAAACCUUCGAAUGCUCAAACUCAAGACAUAGUUCCAACAAUAGGAUUCAGUAUAGAGAAAUUUAAGACAUCCAGUUUGGCUUUCACAGUGUUUGAUAUGUCAGGUCAAGGAAGAUACAGAAACCUAUGGGAACAUUAUUAUAAAGAAGGCCAGGCCAUUAUUUUUGUCAUUGAUAGUAGUGACAGACUAAGAAUGGUUGUAGCCAAAGAAGAACUUGAUAUUCUCUUGAAUCACCCAGACAUUAAACACCGCCGAAUACCAAUUUUAUUCUUUGCUAACAAAAUGGAUCUUAGAGAUGCGGUAACAUCUGUAAAAGUGUCUCAGUUGCUGUCUUUAGAAAACAUCAAAGAUAAACCAUGGCAUAUUUGUGCUAGUGAUGCCAUUAAGGGAGAAGGAUUACAGGAAGGUGUAGACUGGCUACAAGAAAAAACUACAGAAUCAGAUCCAAGCGGUGAAGACAUGAAAAGAUAAUGAUUAUAAGAGAUGAUGAUGAUGUUCAUAAACUUCAACAGUUAUUUCAUUUAAAGGCAUGAUUUCUUAAAGCACACUUUAUUAUUUUUUUUAUUUUAGGCUUUGCCUGUGUGUAUAUUUAAGAAUUUCAUACAUUAUCAUACAUUAUUCUGUUUGCCUUCAUGGACUCAAGAAGAAUAAGCUUUUUAUUUUUUAGCAAUAUAACUUCUCAGGUAUGCUGAGACCAUGAGUUAUUUUCAGACCAAAUCUUUUUUUAGCAGGGACACUAGAAUAAUAAGUCCACUAAAUGAAAUUUCUGCAUUCAAUUUUAAUCAUUUUUUGGCAUUGUAGUAUACUGAAAAAUUAAAUAUAUGCCAUCUCUAUAUCCUGACUCAAUCUUUUGAAAAAUAUAUUUUAUUUUAAAAGAUGUCUCAUUUUUGUAAUUUAGUGUAUGAUGAAACUUUAUGAAUUCUGUUUACAGACGCUCAUAAGGGAUUCUGGUUAUUAGUAUUUAUUGAAUUUGUUACUAAGUAUCAUAUGUUAUCAUUAAUAAAAUAUGAAAUUAA